GUUUUCCUGAAUGAAACCGUACGCGCGCGCUAUAAAUAGCAGCGGCUCACUGACGUCACAAUGGAAGCUGACUCGCGACGGACGAAUGAUGAUUCUCUCGCGAUCAGCACACACACGCCGCACAUCAUCGAUAUAUGCGCUCGGAGAUCAAUAGAAAAGAAGUUUCUGUCACAGCCGUGGACGUUAUACGGAUCAAGAGAUGCUUUUGCAGCGCUAUCCCAGCUAGCGACGAGCAAUAUUUAUCAUUAAUAACAUCGGCAGGCUGCAGUAACUCAACUGACUGAUUUCUGCAACAUAAACAUACGCGCGCGCAUCCUAUAGGCACGGGUGCUCAAGUUUAGUAUGGACUACGAAAGACCCAACGUAGAGACCAUCAAGUGUGUUGUCGUUGGGGAUAACGCUGUAGGAAAGACUCGUCUUAUAUGUGCCCGGGCCUGCAAUACCACCCUUACCCAAUACCAGCUGCUGGCCACUCAUGUACCUACAGUUUGGGCAAUCGACCAGUACAGAGUCUGUCAAGAGGUUUUAGAACGUUCCAGAGAUGUUGUGGAUGAGGUAAGCGUGUCCCUACGGCUAUGGGACACCUUUGGAGACCAUCACAAAGACAGACGCUUCGCCUACGGGAGGUCCGAUGUUGUGGUCCUCUGCUUUUCCAUCGCCAAUCCAAACUCUCUACAUCACGUUAAAACCAUGUGGUACAUGGAAAUCAAGCACUUUUGUCCACGUACGCCUGUCAUCUUGGUCGGUUGCCAGCUGGACUUGCGCUACGCUGACCUGGAGGCAGUCAAUCGAGCCAGGCGACCAUUAUCAAGGCCCAUAAAACCUGGAGAUAUUUUGCCUCCGGAGAGCGGAAGAGAGGUAGCCAAAGAGCUUGGAAUCCCGUAUUACGAGACAAGCGUGUUUGAUCAGUUUGGCAUCAAGGAUAUCUUUGAUAACGCCAUCCGAGCAGCCCUCAUCUCCCGACGUCACCUGCAAUUUUGGAAGUCUCACCUGAGGAAGGUCCAGAAGCCACUGCUGCAGGCGCCGUUUCUGCCCCCCAAAGCCCCUCCACCGCUCAUUAAGAUCCCAGAGUGCUCAGCCAAAAACCGUGAUGGCCCGAGACAGCUGCUGGAGACUCCUCUGUGUGCCGAUGUUAUGUUCGUCAUUCAGGAACACAUCCACUUAUUUGCUCAUAGGAUCUACCUGUCAACCUCUUCUUCCAAAUUCUUCGACCUAUUUCAAAUGGACUUCUCAGAUGAGUCCCAGCGCUUGGUGGUAACUGAGUGUCACAGACGGGAUCAGCUGAUGCGCACCCUCAGUCUGGACACGGAAGAGGACGUGGCAGUUCUGCCCAACCUUUCGCCGUGCUCGCUCAGGACAUCAAAAAGCGAUGGUACCCUCAAGAUGAGGAGUUUUAGUGGGAUGCACCGAUGCACCAGGGUGUCCUUGGCCUCCUGGUGCAAGGCUUUCUACAGCAUCCACAAAGAGAGCGUGAUCAAUCCAGUCACGGGUUCACCGGCGCUUAUGACCGUGGUGAAGAUGGAUCAUUCUAUCCAACAUGGACCCUUCAGUGCUGUCCUGCGCUUCCUCUACACCGGUGAGCUGGAUGAGAAGGAGAAAGACCUGAUGAAGAUUGCCCAAAUUGCAGAGAUGCUGGAGGUCUUUGACCUUAGGAUGAUGGUGGAGAACAUCAUGAACAACGAAGGCUUCAUGAAUCAGGAGAUCACAAAGGCGUUCCAUGUGAGAAAGGCCAACCGAAUCAAAGAGUGUCUCGCCAAGAAUAAUUUUACAGAUGUGGUGUUCAGGUUAGAUGAUGGGACUAUUAAUGCCCAUAAGCCUCUGCUCAUCUGCAGCUGUGAUUGGAUGGCUGCGUUAUUUGGAGGAUCUUUCAUGGAGAGCGCAAACAACGAGGUCUCAUUCCCCAACACCAGCAGGGUGUGUAUGCAGGCUGUGUUGGAGUAUCUCUACACCAAUCAGCUGUCACCCAUGUCAGACCUGGACCCAAUGGAGCUAAUCGCCCUGGCCAACAGACUGUGCCUUCCUUGCCUCAUCGCCCUGACAGAGCAAUACGCCGUGAGCGACUUUAUCAAAGCAUCUAAAGAAGGACAAGAUAUUGAUGGAGAGGUACUCACGUAUCUGGAGCUCGCUCAGUUUCAUAACGCUAAUCAGCUGGCAGCAUGGUGCUUGCAUCACAUCUGCACCCAUUACAACCGGAUCUGUGCCAAUUACCGCAAGGAGAUCAAGUCCAAGUCAUCCGAGAACCAGCUGUAUUUCGAGAAGUGCCGCUGGCCUCCGGUCUGGUACCUGAAAGAGGAGGAUCACUAUCAGAGGGUGAAGAAAGAGAGAGAGAGAGAGGACGUGAUGUUGAAUAAACAUCAUUCACGACGUCACUGGUGCUUCUGGAGCUCAUCUCCUGCUGUGGCUUGAAUCCUUUAUGAAGCUGGUCUGUCUGGUUGUCGGUUUGUUCGUCUGUCUUUCCUGUUAAUAUGAAAUUGGCAGCACCAAAUGAGCAACACUGAAUCAUUUUUAAGCACAAUCUCAGUGUUCAUUCAGUACUGACCAAUAAAUCACAGCUGUCUACUGAACAUCUGGAGCUGAUGGAAUAAAUCCUGUUAUUAGUUUAAUAUUUAGUAUUAUUUUUGAGUGACACAGCAAUUCUCAAUCCGUUUCUAUCCAGCCGUCAAUUAUAAAAAAAAAUCUUAAACAAAUGAUCAAAUCAAUAUUGUCCAUAAAAAUGUGACAGUUUCUGUCUAGCUGUGACGAGAAACUUGACUGCUUGUUGGGUAACAAUUUUAAAAGGGACACUCCACUUUUUUUGAAAAUAUGCUAAUUUUCCAGCUCCCGUAGGGUUAAACAUUUGAUUUUUACUAUUUUGGAAUCCAUUCAGCUGAUCUCGGGGUCUGGC